AACACGUGUGCGGCGACCAAAACGGUAAAAGGCGAAAAGUAGCAGCAAUUUUUGCAGCUGCUGUUGGUGUGUGUGUGUUCGGUGUGUUCCUGUUCCGUUGUAAAGCAGCAGCCCGUCGUCUAGCAGCAGCCCCCGAGAAGCCCGGACCAGCGUUAAAACAGCUCAACAAAUGCAAAUUGGUUUCGAUUCUUGUGCGUGACACGUUUAGUUUUUUUAUAUCAUCCAAAAUUUAAAGCACUCACACACACACACACACACUCACAUAUAUAUAUAUAUAUAUAUAUACAGGCGCUGGCGUGCACAUACAGGAACUAUAUAGAUAUCAUAUUUACAUUUUAGGCAAAAACAAAAAGCAUACAUAUUUCGAUUUGGAUACCCAAAAGUAUUGUUGUAUAACAUAACCAACAGAGAAUAGAAGCAAGAGGAAGAGAAGAGUAGAAGAAAAAGAAAAAAGGAAAAGGGGAGCAAAAAUGCCAUCGGACGCUAAGAAACGGGAUGCGCAACGCAAAAAGGAUGCGCGAAACAAGAAGAUCCAACAGAUACCAUCCACAAAGAAAUCAAACGGCACAGCCAACGGACUCGACCGUGAAAUGACCGAGGAGGAGAAACUGUGCGCCAAACUGGAGGAGGAGGCGCGCAUCAGUGCGGAGGCACGCUCCUGCACCGGUUCGCUGGCGGUGCAUCCGCGAUCGCGUGAUGUAAAAAUUGCCAACUUUUCGAUAACGUUCUUUGGCUCCGAGCUGCUGCAGGACACAAUGCUUGAGCUGAAUUGCGGUCGGCGUUAUGGUUUGAUCGGUCUGAACGGCUGCGGUAAAUCAUCGCUGCUGGCGGUGCUCGGCGGCCGGGAGGUGCCCAUACCGCCGCACAUUGAUAUAUUCCAUUUGACGCGCGAGAUACCGGCGAGCACGAAGAGUGCGCUGCAGUGCGUCAUGGAGGUGGAUGAGGAGCGCAUCAAGCUGGAGAAACUUGCCGAGGAGCUGGCCAUGAGCGAUGAGGAUGACGCCCAGGAGCAGCUCAUUGAUAUCUAUGAGCGACUCGAUGACAUGUCCGCCGAUCAGGCCGAGGCCAAAGCGGCGCGAAUUCUUCACGGUCUCGGCUUCGACAAGGCCAUGCAACAGAAGCAGGCCAAGGACUUUUCAGGUGGUUGGCGCAUGCGAAUCGCUUUGGCGCGCGCUCUGUUUGUGAAGCCGCAUCUGCUGCUGUUGGACGAGCCGACCAACCAUUUGGAUCUGGAUGCCUGCGUGUGGCUGGAGGAGGAGCUGAAGACAUAUAAGCGCAUUCUGGUGCUCAUCUCGCACUCGCAGGACUUCCUCAAUGGCGUCUGCACAAACAUCAUCCAUUUGACGGGCAAGCGACUAAAGUACUAUACGGGCAACUAUGAGGCUUUUGUGCGCACACGCAUGGAGCUGCUGGAGAAUCAAAUGAAACAAUACAAUUGGGAGCAGGAUCAGAUAGCCCAUAUGAAGAACUAUAUUGCACGCUUUGGCCACGGCUCCGCCAAGCUGGCCAGGCAGGCGCAGUCCAAGGAGAAGACUCUCGCCAAAAUGGUCGCCCAAGGUCUUACCGAGAAGGUAACCGAUGACAAGAUCCUCAAUUUCUAUUUCCCCUCGUGCGGCAAGGUGCCACCGCCCGUGAUUAUGGUGCAGAACGUCAACUUCCGAUAUAACGACGAGACGCCUUGGAUCUACAAGAACCUAGAGUUUGGCAUUGAUCUGGAUACACGUCUGGCUCUGGUCGGGCCGAACGGAGCUGGCAAAUCGACCUUAUUGAAGUUGCUCUAUGGCGAUCUGGUGCCCACCUCGGGCAUGAUACGCAAAAAUUCGCAUUUGCGUAUUGCACGCUACCAUCAGCAUCUGCACGAGCUGCUCGAUCUGGAUGCCAGUCCGCUUGAGUAUAUGAUGCGCGCCUUUCCCGAUGUCAAGGAGAAGGAGGAGAUGCGUAAGAUAAUUGGACGUUAUGGUUUAACUGGACGACAGCAGGUUUGCCCCAUACGUCAGCUAUCGGAUGGUCAACGUUGUCGCGUUGUAUUCGCCUGGCUGGCCUGGCAGGUGCCGCAUCUUCUCUUGCUCGACGAGCCGACCAAUCACUUGGACAUGGAGACCAUUGACGCACUGGCGGAUGCCAUUAACGAUUUUGAUGGUGGCAUGGUGUUAGUUAGUCACGAUUUCCGUCUAAUCAAUCAGGUGGCCGAGGAAAUUUGGGUGUGCGAAAAGGAGACGGUGACCAAAUGGAAGGGCGGCAUUUUGGACUACAAGGAUCACUUGAAGAAUAAAAUUACCUCCGAGAAUGAGAAGAAGGCCAAGGCGGCGAAUAAGUAGAUUGCACACAAACACAC